AAUCUACAGAAGUGUGCUAAUUACCUGAAAGGAGACAGCCAUUGUCACUUUGAAGGUGGAGUGAAGCUGGGUGUUGGAGCAUUCAAUCUGACUCUAUCGAUGCUGCCUACCAGAAUAUUGCGACUUUUAGAGUUUGUUGGCUUUUCUGGUAACAAGGAUUAUGGGCUGAUGCAGCUUCAGGAGGGGGCAGCGGAUCACAGUUUCCGGGCUUUGCUCUGCACCCUUCUGCUUCUAUGCUAUCACACCUUCCUGAGCUUUGUAUUAGGUACUGGAAAAGGAAAUGUUGAGGAAGCAGAGAAUCUGCUACACCCAUAUCUCAAACGCUAUCCCAAGGGUUCCAUAUUCCUUUUCUUUGCUGGAAGAAUAGAAGAAAUUAAAGGGAACAUUGAUGCUGCCAUCCAGAGGUUCGAGGAGUGUUGUGAA